AUGGAUUUUGGAUCUCUCUUUAGUGUCAAGGACAAGGUUGUCUUGGUGACAGGUGGUUCACGAGGAAUUGGUGAAAUGAUUGCUACUGGUUAUAUUUCUGCUGGCGCUAAAGUGUACAUCAGUAGUCGUUCUGCAGAUGUCUGUGACAAGGUUGCUCAAGAAUUGACAGCCAUGGGACCUGGAAAAUGUUUUUCCAUUCCCGCUGAUCUCCAAAAAUUGGAAGAUGUUGAACGUCUUGUAACUGAAUUGUCAAAGAGAGAAACCCAUCUUGAUGUACUUGUGAACAAUGCUGGCGCAAACUGGGCUGAAUCAAUCAAUACAUUCCCUGACCGUGCCUUUGAAAAGGUUAUUAGUCUUAAUCUCAAGCGUAUUUUUACAUUGACCCAAGCAUGCCUGCCUUUGUUGACUGCAAAGGCUAAUUCUUCAAACCCUUCGAGUGUGAUCAAUAUCGGUUCAAUUGAUGGACUUCGUGUUCCUCCUCAAGAAUCUUAUGCCUAUGCUGCUUCCAAGGCUGGACUUCACCAUCUUUCUCGCCACAUGGCAUCUAACUUGGGUUCUCGAGGUGUUUUGGUCAACACAAUUGCUCCUGGUGCAUUCCAAUCCAAGAUGAUGAAAGCCACUCUGGACAAGAUGGGUGACAAGAUUGUUGCCUCUAUUCCUGUUGGUCGUAUUGGAUCACCUCAAGAUAUUGCUGGCACUUGUAUCUAUCUGUCUUCUCGAGCAGGUCAUUAUACCACAGGUGCUACAAUCACUGUUGAUGGUGGUGCUUUUGUUGGCUCAAAAAUCUAA